AGACAAUAGACCCUGCCCCUCCCCCUUCUCUCCAGGCUGCUGCCAAUCAGCCCCUCCCUGGGCGGGGCUUGUAGUGUGACAGUGGAGAAGCGGGCGGGGCUUGUGGUGUGACAGCUGAGGAGUGGGCGGGGCCUGUGGUGUGACCGUGGAGCGAUGGGCGUGGCCUGCGCGGUGGGCGGCUCUGGCUCCCGGCAUUGCUGGCGGUGAGGUGCAGGGGCCCCGGGAUGGAGGGGCCACACUUGGUGCUUGUCUUCAGCGGGAAGAGGAAAUCGGGCAAGGACUAUGUGACCGAACUCAUCAGGGAGAGGUGAGUGUGAGUGUGAGUGCAGACAGGGAAUGAAUAGGGGACAAUGAGUGUAGGUGAUGGAGGGAGGGGGAGUCAGAGUAUGAGGGGACACUGAAUGGGGGGGUAGGGGAGUCAAUGGGGGACACUGAAUGGGGGUAGGGGUCAAUGGGAACACUGAAUGGGGUAAGGGAGUCAAUGGGGAACACUGAAUGGGGUAGGGGAAUGGGGACACUGAAUGGGGGCAGGGGGGAGUCAAUGGGGACACUGAAUGGGAGGUAGGGGAGUCAAUGGGGACACUGAAUGGGGGUAGGAGUCAAUAGGAGACACUGAAUGGGGAGUGAGGUCAAUGGGGACACUGAAUGGGGGUAGGGAGUUAAUGGGCACACUGAAUGGGGGUAGGGAGUCAAUGGGGACACUGAAUGGGGAUGGGGACACUGAAUGGGAGGAGGUGGAGUCAAUGGGGACACUGAAUGUGGGAGUCAGGUAUGAGGGACACUGAAUGGGGGUAGGGGAGUCAAUGGGGACACUGAAUGGGGUAGGGACAAUGGGGACACUGAAUGGGGAGGUGGAGUCAAAGGGGGACACUGAAUGGGGGAGUAGGGGAGUCAAUGGGGGACACUGCAUGGGGGGAUAGGGGAGUCAAUAGGGGACACUGAAUGGGGAGGUGGAGUCAAUGGGGGGUAGGGGAGUCAAUGGGGACACUGAAUGGGGGGAGGUGGAGUCAAUGGGGGACACUGAAUGGGGGGGAUAGUGGAGUCAAUGGGAGACACUGCAUGGGGGAGGGGUUGUCAAAGUAUGGGCGAGACACUGAAUUGGGUGAGUGGAGUCAGUGGGGGACACUGGGGAGGUGGAGGGGAGUCAGUGGGGGGACACUGAAUGGGGGGGGUGGAGUCAGCAUGGGGGUAGGGGGAAUCCAGCAAGUGGAAGUAGUUAGAGUAUUGGGGGGCACUGAAUGGGGAGUCACAGUUCUGAGACAAAGAAUGGAAAGGUUAAAUAAUUGGGGGACAAUUAUUAUAUGUGGGGUCAAAUUCUGGGGACAUAGAAUGGAGGUCAUAUUGGGGGGCAAUGAAUGAGUGGGUGUCAUAUUGUUGGGGAAAAUUAAUGGAGGUUGUGUUAUUGGGGUGGCAAUGAAUGGGUGGGAGUCAUAUAACUGGGGGCAAGAAUGGGUGGUGUCAUAUUGUGAGGGACAUUACAAGGGGGUCAUUAUUGGAGGGAAAUAAAUGAUUGGGUGUCAUAUUAUGGGGGCAAUGAAUGGAUCAGAGUCAUAUUUGAGGGGACAAUGAAUGGGUGGAAGCCAUAUUGUGAGGAACAAUUAAUGGGGUCAUUAUUGGAAGGCAAUAAAUUAUUGGGUGUCACAUUAUGGGGGGCAAUGAAUGGAUCAGAGUCAUAUUUUGGAGGCCAAUGAAUGAGUGAGAGCCAUAUUGUGAGGAACAAUUGAUGGGGGUCAUUAUUGGAGGGCAAUAAAUGAUUGGGUGUCAUAUUAUGGGGAUGAAUGGAUGGAAGUAAUAUAGUUGGGGCCAAUAAUGAAUAUUGGUCAUAUUAUUGGGGGGUAAUGAAUGAGUGGGAGUUAUAUUAUUGGGGAGCGAUGAAUGGAUCAGAGUCAUAUUUUAGGGGACAAUGAAUAGGUGGGAGCCAUAUUGUGAGGAACAAUUAAUGGGGGUCAUUAUUGGAGGGCAAUGAAUGGAUCGGGGUCAUAUUGUUGGGGCCAAUGAAUAGAGGUCAUGUUAUUGGGGGGUAGUGAAUGGAUCAGAUUUACAUUUUGUUUGACAAUUAAUGGGGUUUAUAUAAUUGUGGGACCAAUUAAUGGGUGGGGGUCAUAUUGGGGGCAAUGAAUGAGUGAGUGUCAUAUAGUGGGGUCAAUAAAUGAAGCAGGUUGUCACAAUGUUUGGGGUUGUGAAUGUGGAGCAAAAUGCAUACUUUUGUUUUUGCGUCAUGUGGAUACUGAGUUGGUGGACCGUAAAUAGUGCGUUCAUAGUAUUAGGUGAACUGUGAGUGUGGUGGGUGUGAGAAUUAGGAGGAUAUUGAAGAGUGUUAUGGUGAUAGAAGGACCUUAGCUAUCACAGAAUAGGUCGUAACUCUACUUAUUGGUAAGUAGGGAAACAAACGAUAGGUGUGCACUAUAGGUUCUUAGAGUGAUUGUAAGGCUGUGUACGUGAAGAGGUGACAUUUCAGAAUCUGAGAACACGUAUAGAAUCAUCAGGUGACAGGACGAGGUCCAGGAAUCGAGAGUGAGUACAGUGUGUUUCUGAGGGUCCAGUCUCCAUAAGUAAGCAUAGGGAAUUUAGAAACAUAUGAUGUGGAUGGCGUGAGGUGAGAGUGACCUAAUCGCUCACAUUAUGUACCUUAGGUUGGGUCCUGACACCUGUGCUGUUCUGCGACUGUCCGGGCCCCUGAAAGAGCAAUAUGCCCAGGUGAGUGCCUGAGGGAUUUAUUUUUUCUGGAAUGUAGGUAACCUGGCCAGAAAAAAAUAUAUAAUCUUGUCUUUUAAUUAAUACUGUGUAGAAGGGAACAAGCCAUUAUGUGACCAUGCAAUUAGUGCUUAAGUGCUACAAUUUUAGUAAUUGUAAGGGUAGUUCCAUUUGUUUCUAUGGUAACUGCUUCUCAUUUAGCACCUAUCUCCGGAAUUUCUUUGUGUCCAUAUCUUACAGGAGUCAUGGACUUCCUAAAAUAUGGGUUAAAGAAACAUUACAGUGAAUACAUUUGAAGAUUAGAUUGUUCCAUUUUCCUCAUGGAUUUAAAUGUUGUCUGGUUCUCUUCCUCAACAUAGGAGAAAGGCCUGGAUUUCCAGCGCCUGCUGGAUGCUAGCGGAUACAAAGAGAAAUACAGAGCAGACAUGAUCGCCUGGGGAGAGGAACGGAGGAAUGCUGACCCAGGAUUCUUCUGUAGGAUUAUUAUACAAGGAGUAACACAACCGGUUUGGGUGAGUGGGUCAAGUGACCGGAGGGGAUGCUAAAGGUUCAGAGUGUUCAGUCUGCCUGUGUGGGUAUGUGGCCAGGAAUUUUGCCUGCCCAGUUUUAAUUUAAUACCUGAGAGAUGCACCUGGGCUGGGUGAGUGGGCUUGACUUCAGAGGGUAACACAACCUGUUUGGUUCAGUUCUUGUUGGCUCAGGGAUUUUAUCUGUAGUCCUGGGGAGGUGGCACAAGAGAAUUGGCAUAAUUAGUAUGCUUGAAUAGCAUAGUGUCCUAUCAGAAUUGAGAGAGAGAGAGAGGUGCCAGUCUGGGUGAAUAGGCGUUGAAUUAGUGUGUGUCACAACCAGUCUUGGUAAGUGAUUGUUGAGUUGACAUACCCAAUCUGGAUGAGUUAGUGUUUUAGAACAGGGGUGGUAAAACUGGUCAGUGUGAGUGUUUGCAAGGUUUUGGAUAGAAACAUCUUGUUGACUGGAAGUGAUAGAGGCUUCAAAAAAAUAUUUUGGUUACCUGUACUCGAAAAACAAUGCAUUCAUUUUUGAAAGCUUUGUUUACAUUCUUUUUUUCUUGAGACAUAUAAUUUAAAUUUUCAUAUACCAUUGUGUUUAUGUUGAAAAACUGCAGAGGGAGAGUUUGUCUGAACACUCCUGACAAAUGGCUUUUCUAUCCCACAGAUUGUUAGUGAUGCUCGGCGAAAGUCUGAUAUAGACUGGUUUCUCUCUUGCUAUGGUGCUGUCACACAAACUGUCCGCGUUGUAGCCUCUGAAGAGACCAGGAAAGCCAGAGGUUGGAUUUAUACACCGGGUGAGUGCUCAAAAUAUUGUAGUCACAGCAAUGGCCUUUAUGUCAACAAUCAGAUUGGACCAGUGAUUUAAGCUAAAGUCCCAAUAUCUUUAUCCAUGCUGUGCGACAUCAUGAUAACUAAAGAAAAUCUGAUGCCCGUAACAUAAAACAUCUUCUAUUUUUUUUAUUAUAUUCUAGACAUUGACGAUGCAGACUCAGAGUGUGGCCUGGAUCAGGGAACAUCCUUUAACUGGGUCAUUACUAACAAUGGCGAUCAGGAAUCCUUGGACGAGCAGCUGCACAGGCUAAUGGACUUUAUUCACAGCAAGCUAGAUUCGUCCGUUUGAUGGGUAGGAUUGUUCUGGCCGUGUUAUAACCGCAAAACUACGUUGACAGGCCCGCGGCGAUCGUCCUGACAGUUUGCAUGCUGUGUCCAGAGAUAUAAUAAUCACAAUCACUCUUCAGGUGUGAGAAACACCUCUCCACCACUUCCACUUUUAAUUUAUUUGUUAAUUUAUGGGUGAAAUCACCAAAUGCAGAUUGGUUUUCCGUCAGGUGGACUAUCCUAAAAUAGUGCCUCCUUAUCAGUGACAGUUAUCGGUGUAACUAUUUAUUUCUUGGUUAUUACAGUUACAUCUCUAUAUAAAGUACCAAAUAAUAAGGAAAGAUGUCUCAAACCAUAAUAAAGCUAAUUUUUGGUGCUCACUUUUUGAAACGACAUAAAUCAUUGAUUGCUUUUGACGUGCUCUCAUUCACACCAGUGUUAAUUUUGGCGGCAAAUUUCAGUUUAGUUUUAGCCAUAGUUUUUUUGACUAAAACGUCAUUUUAGUUUUAGUCGUAUUUUAGUCAUCUGAAUUGUAUGUUUUGGUCGACUAAUCUAAAAUCUAAUGGGUUUCGUUAAAGCCUCUGUCUAUUUCUCCUUCCCCAGCCCCUCUGUGUCUCUUUGUGUACUCUUAGCCCCUCUAUGUCUCUCUUUGCCAAGCCCUGGUCUGUCUCUUUUGCCCCUUCCACAGCCCCUCUGUGCAGUGUUAAUUAUUGCUGCAAAUUACAAUUAGGUUUAGUCAUAGUCUUUUGACUAAAACGCCAUUUUAGUUUUAGUCGUAUUUUAGUCAUCUGAAUUGUUUAAGUUUAGUUUAAGUCGACAAAAUGAACACCGAUUUUACACACACAAGCCAUGAAAAUAUGGGAUUCAAUAUAAAUAAUAGUUGUGGGAUAAACUUUCACAACAGAUGCCAAUCAAAUGUUCUUGCUGUUUGCCCUUUUUUUAAGUUUGCCCCAUAUAUUUGUAUGUGAUGUGUAGAGGAGAUCAUGGGAAUAGCUGGCAAUAAUAUUCCCUUCUUUGCAGACCUUUGGGAUCUGUUCCAUUGCCAGUUGAAAAAUAACACUCUAACCACCAUAACUACUACAGCUCACUGGAUAUGUUGCCAGCAUGCCCUUUGCGUGACAAAUACUUCUGUGUCAAACUGUUUUCAACUGGUUUGCACCAAUAAAAGGUUCCCCAGCACUUGUGGUCCAGCCCCUCUAUUGCUUGGCAUACUUUUAGCGCAGAUAUUAGAUUUCUAAAAUACCAAUAUUCAUUUUGCCAUAUUUUAAAGGGCAUUCAUUGGCUGAGUGUGUCAGCUGACGUAAGCCAAUGAAUGCACCUAUUUGAUAUAGCUAAUGCAGAAGUGUCUCUUCUACAAUAGCAAUAUGUUGAGUGAGCUUUAGACCACAGUCACUUAGGAUCCGAAACCACUUGGUUUUAUUAAAAGCGAUUAAAAAAAACUGUUCGAUGCAGAACUGGAGGAUAGUGCUCACACCAUAACCACUACAGUGUGCUUACAGCAUCUUUUAAGGACAAUGUUUCUUUUCUUUUUCUUUCUUAAUACAUUACAAUUGUUUUAAAGAACAUUUACAGGUUUUCUACGUAAACAUAAUUUUUUUUAUUAAUUUGUCUAUAAUUUUUUUUCUUUUCAAUAAAAUGUUUUUCUUUA